GAAGGACAGUCUUUCCCAGUUGCAGGUAUCCUUUCCAAAGGAUCCCUCCCGUCUUCUCAUCUGAUACUCAAUCUCUGGAUUUUAAACCUUUACUCCACUCUACCAUGGCUGUUUCAUUCCUCUCCAACUUUGGAUUGAUCCGCUCUUCGAAUGUCUUUCUCCUGAUGUUGACUGGUUUGAGCAUGAGCAGUCCUAUCAGGUCCCCUGAGAACAGUCACAGGGUAUCAGUCAGGAUGGGUGAUAAUCCGCUACUUGAUGCUCAGGUCUUUCUGAGUCAGUUUCUCUCCACUAUGAACCUGACCGAGCUGAGGCCCCAGCCCAGGCCUCUGCCUGCCCGCAGGGAGCCCCCAGAGUACAUGCUGGAGCUGUACGACCGCUUUGCCAACGACCGCACGGCUGUUCCCUCAGCCAACGUCGUGCGCAGUUUCAAGAAUGAAGAUUCCUCCCCCUACAGCAUAACAACAAGGGGUGUACGGAUACAUCCCCUGCUGUUCAACAUCUCCAUGCACCACCAUGAGCACAUAACCAUAGCUGAGCUUCGCCUUUUCACCCUGUUCCAGAAGGCCCAAAGAUCAAAUGCCGGCAUUGACUGCAAGGUGACCAUUUACAAAAUACAUGAGGCCGUUGUUUGGACUAAAGAGGUGGGGAAAGAAGGGAGAAGGAGGGAUAAAGAAGAGGUGGUGGAGAUGAAGGAUUUUGAGGAACUGGUGACAAAGCAUUUUCGUGCCAAAGAUAAGAGCUGGGUGUCGUUUGACCUGACUCAUGCGGUUGCACUCUGGCGGAAGUCGUUGGGGUUUGCUACUCACAGUCUGGAGGUACAUAUUGCAUGUCUUGGGUCAGAAGAGGAAGGGGUCACUCAAGAGGUCACGGAGCAGGAUGAGAGAUUGGUUGGGGUUGAUAUCGACAGAAGUUUGGAGGGGAAACACAAUGCAGUGAUGAUUGUAUUCUCAGAUGAUCAAAUCGGAGAUCGCAAGCAGGAUAAACAAGAGCUCAACCAGCUGAUCGAACAUGAGAAUGACCUUCCUGAUAAUGUAGGCCGAAGCCAACCAGAUUUCUGGGGGAACCACAAUGCCGGCCACGCUAUUCAGGACGAGCUGGACAAACAGUCUCUCAUGCAACUGCAGUCCAACCUUAUCUAUGACACACCUCCCCGAAUCCGUCGCAAUGUUAAGAGCGAGCCAUGCAAGAGGACCCCACUCUUUGUGGAUUUGAAAGACAUUGGCUGGGACACGUGGAUCAUCCAGCCUAAGGGCUAUGAGGCGUAUGAGUGCAACGGCGUGUGCAACCCCCCUAUGACCUCCGAGGUCUCGCCUACCAAACAUGCCAUAGUGCAGACACUGCUGAGUGUUAAGAGUCCGGAGAGGGCAUCGCGUGCCUGCUGUGUACCCACUAAGUUGGAGCCAAUUUCACUCCUUUAUAACGAUAACGGAGUGACCACUUUCGAACACAAGUAUGAGGGGAUGGUGGUGGCAGAGUGUGGCUGUAGAUAGUCUUGAAAACAUUUACAGAGAGAGAGAGAGACUGCACCAAUGUUUCAACCAUCAUCUCAGAAACACAUCUAUUCAUCUAUUUAUAUUCCUUAUCAUGUGCUUGUUUCAACAGUAUUUAAGAUCUCUACAGUGGUGUGCAAAAACAGAACUCUAGACAUAUAGUUGUAUAUUAGGGACGGACACAUGCUGUGCUAAAUUAUGUACAUUUGUAAUUGUAUAAAGGUUAUUAUUAUAUUAAUGUAGAAUAUAAAGCUUUUGUCAUGAUUUAAUAUAUUAUUUGCUGUUUUAUGUAUUUUAGAAUGCUUUUGGAUGAUACCACAUUACAGUGUAAAUCACAGGCCAUAUUCCUACAAAUACUACUGUAGGUUAUCGGCCCCAUCUGACACUGCAAGAGAAAAGAAAGAAGGUUCUGAGAGUGGAUGUCUGAAUAUUCCGAUAAAUCCUGUUUGGAAACUCCAUGUCAUUAAUGGCGAGCUAGUCAAAAGGUUCAAUACUACAGCACUGUUAUCAGUUGCAAUAACAACCUUCUGAAUUGUUUCAAAGUAUGUGUGCGGGAUCCAAGAUCAAAAGAAUGUUUCAAGGUACUGAAUCUGA